UCGGGUCAGGGGUCGGGUGCGGCAUUGUGGGAUGCUAGCGGUGCAGAAGACGUGUCACAUCAUGGCGCAGGCUGUCUUCAUCUUCGGGACCACUUUCUGCUUGUACCUCGCCGUCAUUCUCGUCGAUCCCGCCUUGGGGGACGACCCAAGCAUCGUCCCGUACGAUCAGCUCUACGAGGCCGGCAAGACUCACUACACGAGAGAGGAAUGGCUGGACACAAUCAUUCACAUGGAGAGGGCCAUCAAGAACUACAAGUUGAGACGGUCCGAGAUGAUCGGCUGCCGUAUGAAGUGCACCAACCACACCAAGAUCGUCAAGGACGUCUUCGCUCUUGACCAUCGCUACUCUCAUCAUAACGAGCUCAACUUCUUCGCACAAGUCGUGAAGAAGGCGGAGUGUCUGAAGCACUGCCUGGACGACCGGCUGGGCGACAUCUGGCAACUCCCGGUCCACGAAGACAUCGAGAAGGAGUUUGAAGCCAGAGUUCCUUACGACUACCUACAACUGGCUUACUGGAGGACCAACCAGUUGGCCAAGGCAGUUGCAGCAGCACACACCUUCAUCGUGGCCAACCCAGACCACUCUGUAAUGCAGGACAACAUCGAGUUCUACAAGGAGUUUGAAGGAGUGACCAAGGACAUGUUCCAAGACAUGGAGAGACCAGAACACGAGCAAAUGUUCUACAACGGAGUGGCUGCCUACAAUGACCAGGACUACAAAGAGUGCAAGAGAACGAUGGAGAAGGCCAUCAAGCUGUACUACCAUGCAGAGAUGGAGUGUAGGGUACAGUGCGAGGGGCCCUACAUUCAUGAAUACUUCCCUGAGUUUUUCCAGUCCAUCACAAACCACUACUCGUCUGUACUGAAGUGCAAGGCUGGAUGUCCAGAGGAAGUGGCAGGUCCCAACCAGAGAACUAACUACAAGAACUACCUGCCCAUGCACUACCACUAUCUACAGUUCUGUCUAUAUCAGCUUGGUGAGGUAGUUGAUGCAGCCCAGGCAGCCUCCUCCUUCCUCCUGUUCAUCCCGGACCAUGGGGACAUGUUACAGAACAUCCAGUUCUACCAGAGGCAGGCAGACAUCACCACAGAGAACCUACAGCCCAGGAAGGACUCAGUUGAGUACUUAGAAAUGGUGAUGCUGGAGCAAAAACUGCUGGACUUAGCAGAAACCACAUUCACAGAUGAUGAUGAGAUGUCACUGGAUGAUGAGGAGGGAAAGGAGGAGGAGAAGGAACCCAUCACAGAGGACAUGCCUAACCCCACACCAGACGCCGCCAAGUUGAUUCGCAAGGGUGACCUCGGGAACCUGCCUUACGAUAGGGCCGCCCUCCCCGGCACAAUACCUGACGCCGUACCCGGCACAAUACCCACCACUGAUACUGUCAUACAGGGGGACAAGGACCCUGCCGUGCAGGGAAUGGACAUGGGGUCUCAGGCCGAAUCUGCACAACCCACUGAUGCAGAGCCUGUAUUUGAAGAGGACAGUAUACAGAGGCCAGCAACAGAAGAGGAGUCACCAGAAGUCUCCAUUAUUCUGGAUGAAGCAAAAACAGAGCUAUAGUCCUUUGUAGUGCUCUUCCUUCUCAUUUUAGUUCUAUAACAAUGUGACACAUUUCUGUCAUUUAUUUUAUCUCUAACAUGCUUAAGCACUUCAUGUCAUAUACACAUACUAACAAUGUAGCAAUAGCUUUUGAAAACUUAGUUGUAUAUAAAGUUUAUUGUAUACAAUGAGACAAUUUGACUGGCAGACUGUUGUAACAUUUUGUAUUCUUUUUUUUACAUCAUGAAUGGCGCUGCUAUUUAAUAUCACAAAACAUUAACAAGUUGUGUAUAGCAAUAAAUGUUUUACUAAACACUAAAAACAUAUCCUUUUAAGAUAUAAUUUUGUAGGACAAAAAAAAGUAUAUCUUGAUUUCCAAAAACCUUGAAAAUGAAAAUGCCAGUAGCCCUUCCAAUUUCAGUUCCAUACAGAGAUUGUGUUAACAAUGAAAUGUAUGUGUGUUAAGUCAUUUGAGUUUACAAUGGUGCCUUACUAGCUUACCUAUAGUGUUCUGCAUUACAUAGCAUGUCAUAAUCUGCCAGCAUGCAGCUAUUAGUAGAGAAAGCAUCAUUUUGCAUUUGUGUUACCAAUAUUGAGAUUUUAGUGUUCAUCAUCAUCAUCAUUUGUCAUCCUAAUGAUGAGGUGGAACAAGUGAAGUUUAGUGUUAAAAGUAACACAUCAAUCAACAAAAAUGUUUGCUACUUUAAUUCUGUCUUCAAAUUAUAUAUCUUGUUACUAUUAGGUUUAGUUAACGUGAUAUACUAGUCAGUAAUGAAGGGCUGUUGAACAGUUGUAUUAUUAAUUCUAUUAAAAAUUCUAAUGCAGAUGAUAGUACAGUUAGAAAUCGGAUACUUUUUGUUACAAAAUGAAAUUUUAGAAUUUGUCAGAAAAAAAACACAGGGCUAUUUUUACUAAACCAAUUUCACCCAUGUUUUGUAUUACACUGGAUGAUUAAUAUUCAGAAACAAUAUCUGUAGAAUACCAGGACAGAAAUAUUUCCUAAAUUGUGUUAGAUUUUUUGUAGGUUUGUUUCAUAUGUUGAUGUUGUUUCACCCAAAGACAUGUCUUGAAUUUCUUUAUUGCUAAGAAUUCAGACAAUCGUUAACAAGGGGCAAGUUUUGUAUUGGAGAGGACUAGAAACCUGUCUUUGUUCAUAAUAAGAAAUAUGAUGUAUUAAUGGUGCUAAUCUAAUGUUGCAAUUGGCCUUACUGUCUCGUGCAUUUUUUGAUAACUUUCUACUGAAAUGUGUUUCAUAAUUGUUCCCGAAUGGUAGAGACACAUUGUUCAGACACAAAAGAUUUGUAUGUGUAGAAGUGCUGUAUUGUAAAUAGCGCAUACUAAGCAUAUUACUAUAUUCAUUGCAAACAGUUAGGGACCAUUCUCAAUAGUUUUAUACCAGACCGAGAGAUGUUGGGCCAGCUUUCUGAUAUAGCAAAGGCAUUGCUAGAUAUAGAUUUUUUAACACAUAGCAGUAUUUUUCUAUGAAUUGAGAUGACAAGAAACUACAUGUAGACAUGUCCUAUUAGAAACAAUUAAAUUUUCUCAUUUCUCACUACUGGUUAACACCACAAACAACACAAACAUGGUCCCAAAAAAGUACCAAGGAGGAAAAAUGAUGCAUUGGCUGUAUGUCUAAUAGACAAGUAAUUUGCAAUUUACCGAGAUAAGUACACAUGUGUAUUCAGUUUUAACGUCCAAGGGUAGAAAAUAGUUUUACUUGAAAAAUAAACAAUGUGCUAAAUAUCUGAAAAUUACAAAGUGAAGAAAUUUCAGGAAAGACAUUGACAAGGAAACUGUAAACCUGUCAUGAUUGCAAAUGUUGUAAGAAACAAAAUCUGUGAAAUAAAACUACAGCUGCAGUAUGUGA